AUGGAUUUCAAUGAACUCGUGGCCAGUAGAGCUGAGCUAGAAGCUGCAAUCAGUGAAAUACAGGGAAAAGUCACAGAUCUUUGGCGCAUCAACCACCAGCAAGACGAGAAGAUCAAAGAAUUGGAGAAGCAAAAUGAAGAUCAAAAUGUCAAAUUUGAAGCGACAAGGCACAAACUGACGCGGACCGAGGUCACGAUUCGAGCACUUGAGGCAAAGGUCAAACUCCAGAAGGCUAACCUCGAAGAUUUGAAAGGAGAGUCUCAACAGCAACAGGACGAGAUUAAGGCGCUGAAGACCCAGGAACAAAGCAAACAAUUGAAGUAUGCCGCCAAGGUUUUAGAACUGAAGAGGGAGAAGUCGGAUCAAGCGUCCAAGAUCGCCCAGUUAGAGAAGGCGAAGACUGGUGAAGUCUCGGGCGUCAAAGCCAACUUUUCCUUCCUCCAGUCCAAGCUUGUGCGCGCUGAAGCGGAGUGCAAAGACCGAAUCACAGAGCUGAACAGCAAGCAUCUGGAGCAGAAAGUUAAAAUGGGAGAUUGCAUCAAAGAAUUAAAAAGCCAGAAGGAAGAUCAAGAAGCUGAGAUUGAAACUCUGAAGGAUCAUCUAAGGGACAAAGAAAAUCUCGUUGCCGAGCUGCUAGCCGCUUCACAAACAAAAGACUCAUCGUGGGAAACUCAAUCGCAGCGAAUUGCCCUGCUAGAAGCCCAGAUUGAAGCUCUGGAGGUUGACAAGCGACGCCAAGAUUCUCGAAGUGAAGAGCUCGAGAUGAAGUACAGUACAGAGACGUUCCGGCGUGAGAAGUUACAAAAACAACUUAAGUUGAACGAGUACGAUGUCGAUCAGGUGCAUGAAAUUGCUCAGAGCCUGGAGUUCCACUUUAACAGUACCUAUGUCAGAUUCUCUGGGGAUAACAAGCUGCAUACAAAGGCGGAACUGGAGGAAGCGUAUAAAGAAGCGCAAAGGCUGCAGGAUAAGCGGAGAGCUUUAGUGCUGGCGAGACGGAUGCGGAUUCAUGAAGAAGAAGAUCGAGAGAGGAGCGCGUACUCGGAGGAAUAG